UUCACCAGACUAAACAUCUUAGAAGUUUGCGCAUGUGUUACAACAAAACUAAACAAUAUGGAAACAAGCAUAGCUGAAUCGUUUAGGGAUGGGACCGUAUUUGUUACUGGAAGUACAGGGUUUUUGGGGAAAAUACUCACAGAAAAAUUAAUCAGAUCUUGUUCAUUAAAAAAAAUUGCACUUCUUGUUAGAAGUAAGAAAGGAAUCGAUUCAAGUCAAAGGGUUGCAGAUAUCUACAAUGAAUCUAUGUUUGACCGCCUUCGAGUUGAAAAGCCCGACUUCAUGACUAAGAUAAAAAUGAUUGAUGGUGAUUUGGAACAACCCUCACUAGGUUUAUCCCCAAAAGAUCGUGAUUGGUUGAUAGAGAAUGUGAAUUUCGUUUUUCACUGUGCUGCAACAAUCAAAUUCAAUGAAAAUCUCCAGAUAGCAACAAGAAUAAACAUACAGGGAACAGAUAAUAUUUUAACACUUGCAACGAUGAUGAAAAAUCUAAAGGGUCUUGUGCACGUAUCGACCGCUUAUUCACAUUGCCCGAGGAAUGUAAUUAAGGAAGAAUUCUAUCCUACUCCAAUUACGGUCAAGGAACUGAAAAAUAUGUCCAAAGACGAAAUUUCAUGUCCAAAUAUCCUAGAAAAUUGGCCAAAUACAUACACGUUUACUAAAGCAAUCGCAGAAAAUUUGAUGUCGAGCAAUGACAAUCAAUUGCCAAUUUCAAUAUUUCGUCCAUCGAUUAUUGGAUGCACAAAGUUAGAACCUAAUCCCGGUUGGUUGGAUAAUAUUAAUGGACCAUCUGGUAUAGUUACCGGAGUCAUAGCUGGAUUUUUAAGAACGAUACAGAUUGACAAAAAUAAAAUAGCUGAUAUUAUUCCAGUUGAUUAUACAGUAAACGCAUUGAUCAGUGUUAUGUGGGAUACAGUUAACAGACAUCGACAUUCCAAUCCAAUGAAUAAGGUACCAAAAAUAUAUAAUUACGUUUCUAGUGUAGAAAGCCCGUUGACAUGGGGUAGAUAUAUUAGAGGAAUACACGACAAUUAUUUUGACAUUCCUCCAUUGAGAUCGAUGUGGUAUAUAUUUUAUAUUUUCCAUACCAAUCCAUUAGUUAGCUCAAUUCUGAGAUUUUGGCUACAUACGAUACCGGCUGCGUUUAUGGAUUUGUUAUUAAUUAUAAGUGGUCAAUCUCCCAAAAUGCUUAAAACGUAUACAAAAACAGAAAAUGCAUUGGAUUUGCUUCGUGAAUUUACUACUAGACAGUGGUCAUUUGACAAUAAAAAUACUGUAGAACUGUGGUUGUCACUAAGUAAAGAAGAUCAUGAGAUGUUUUGGUUCAGCUUUAAAGAUUUCGACUGGAAAACCUAUAUAAAAAUCUAUUAUUUGGGGAUCAGGAAACAUAUACUUCACGAAGACCUGAGUAAUACAGAAAAGGCUGUAACAAAAAAUCGAAGGUAA